AUGGCACUUGUGAGAGCAGCCGAUCCACAAACCUCCUCUGUUUCCAGUACUUGUCGAUCUUAUCGUUAUGACGUGUUCCUGAGUUUCAGAGGCCAAGACACUCGCAAGACUUUCACUGACCACCUCUAUGCGAACCUUGUCAAAGCCGGAUUUCGCACUUUCCGAGACGACGAUGAAGUCGAGAGAGGAGAAGGUAUCAAGCCUGAACUGCAGAAAGCAAUCAAAUACUCACGAACUUCUGUUAUUGUGUUCUCGAAAAACUACGCGUCGUCCAGAUGGUGCCUUAACGAGCUCGUCAUGAUCCUUGAACGGCUCUCAGCUGACCAUGUCGUUUUACCUGUCUUCUACGACGUGGAUCCAUCCGAUGUGCGGAACCAGACAGGAAGUCUUGCAAAGGCAUUUGCUAGACACCAAAAAACCCAACCGUCGAACAAAGUGAAGGAAUGGCGGAAGGCACUUAAAGAGGUUGCAGAUCUGGCAGGGAUGGUCUUACAAAAUCAAGCUGAUGGAUACGAGUCAAAGUUUAUCAACAAGAUUGUUCAAGUCAUAGGAGAAAAACUAAGGCGUAAACCCGUAAGUGUUCCUCACAUCAUGAUCGGAAUGCAUUCUCAAUUAAACAAACUGAAUUUAUGGUUACAAGAUGGAUCAGAUGAUGUUGGCAUACUUGUAAUUUAUGGCAUGAGUGGAAUAGGGAAGACAACCAUUGCAAAGUUUGUUUAUAAUUCGAACUAUGGAAGGUUUGAAGGAAGGAGCUUCCUUGAAAACAUAAAAGAAGUUUCGCAGCAACCCAAUGGCUUAGUUCAAUUACAAACACAGCUUCUUUCUAAUAUUUUGAAUGGGAGAAAUAUGAAAAUAAGCAGUGUUAGUGAAGGAUUAACUGAGAUUGAAGAUGCAAUAAGCUCUAAGAAGGUUCUCCUUGUUCUCGAUGAUGUGGAUCAUAUGGAUCAAUUAGAUGCAGUAUUUCAGAUGAAAGAUCAGUUUUAUCCAGGAAGUAAAAUCAUAAUAACAACUAGGCAUGCAAGAUUGUUAAGGGCUCAUCAAGUUACUAAGGUGCAUGAAGUUGGAACUUUGAAUUCCAAGGAAUCAUUGGAGCUUUUUAGUUGGCACGCUUUUGGUCAAGACCAUCCCAUUGAAGGUUACAUAGAAUAUUCGCAAAAAAUAGUGGGUCAUUGCGGAGGACUUCCAUUAGCUCUUAAAGUUUUAGGUUCUUCUAUGUACUUGGGGGAUAGUAUAGAUGUAUGGAAAAGUGCAUUGGAGAAGUUAGAAGCCAUUCCAAAUGGUGAAAUAGUAAAUAAACUAAGAGUAAGCUAUGACUCUUUGCAAGAUGACGAUGACCGAAAUUUAUUCCUCCACAUUGCUUGUUUCUUUAUCGGAAAGGACAAGGACUACAUUGUUAACAUACUAGAUGGAUGUGAUUUCCAUACAAUUGUUGGCAUUCAAAAUCUCAUCGAUAGAUGUUUGGUGAGUAUUGAUGGUAAGGUGGUGCAGAUGCAUGACAUGAUCCUUGGAAUGGGAAGACAAAUUGUUCGCCUAGAAUCAGAGAAGCCUUGGAAGCGUAGUAGAGUGUGGCAACAUAAGGAUGCCUUCAAUAUCUUGACAGAAAAGAAUGGUACAGAUUCAAUUGAAGGCCUUGUCCUCGACAUGCACAUGCUCCCUAGAAACAGUCACAUAAACUCAACGGAGAUAGUCUUGGAAACCAAUGCGUUUGCAAGGAUGCAUGAACUAAAACUACUCCAUCUUAGUCACGUACAACUCGACGGAUCUUAUGCAGAAUUUUGUACAAGAUUAAGAUGGUUGUGUUGGAAUAAGUUUCCUUUGGAUUCUAUACCCACAGAUUUUCCAUUGGGGAUCCUGGUUGUUCUUGAAAUGCAAUAUAGCGGCUUGAGGCAAGUCUUCAAAGGAACAAAACGUCUUUCAUCAUUGAAGAUCCUUGAUCUCAGCCAUUCUCAUUCACUUACAGAAAUCACCGACUUCUCAUUUUGCCCAAAUCUAGAGAAAUUGAUUCUUGUAGAUUGUGAAAGACUGGUUGAUGUCAAUGAAUCCAUUGGGAACCUUGAGAGACUUGUUUACUUAAGUAUGAAGGAUUGCAAAAAUAUUAGGAUGCUUCCAGAGAACAUGUUUAUGCUAAAAUCACUUGAAACACUUAUUAUAUCUGGUUGCUCAAAUCUUAAUGAGUUAUCAGUUGAGAUGUUAAGGAACAUGGAAUUUCUGAAAGUGCUUGAGAUGGAUGAAAUUCCGAUAACUCAAUUAUGGGGAGGAAGAAGUUCAUGUAUCUUGAGUUCUUUACCAUGCUCUUUAGUAAAUUUAAGUGUUUGGGGUUGCAAUCUUUCGGAUGAUGACUUUCCUAGGGAUUUUAGUAAUUUAUCCUCAUUGCGAAGACUAAAUGUAGGGAAUAAUCCAAUUUCUGUCCUACCAAAUUGCAUCCAAGGUUUAACAAGGCUCGAUAAACUCUCUUUUCCCAUGUGUGAGAGGCUCAAAUCGCUUGUGGGUUUACCAGAAGUAGAUGACUUGGAUAUCCAACAUUGCAUAUCUUUGGAAAAAAUAACAUAUCAGUACUUUCCACGCUUUAAUGGUUACUUUCGACAUCAUAUUUGGCCACUUACCCUUCCAAAUGAGAACCGCAACCUAGUUGAGUGGGAGGAUAGUUACAAGGUAGAACCUAUUGGAAGAGUUGACGUAGAUAUGAUCAACCUCUUGGGCUUGUGCAACUUGGAAUCCAUGGCACCCAUUCGGAUUCGAAAACUAUUCUGUACAGCAAUAGAUCGAAGUCCUGUCCAGGGACUGUACGAACGUGGUAUAUUCAGCACAUUUUUUGCCGGGAAUGAGGUUCCGGGCCGAUUCAGCCAUAAAAGUAGAAGGUCCUCCAUAUCUUUUACUAUGACUUCACACAUAAUUCAAGCCUUGGUCAUCUUCGUUGCCUAUGCGGGUACCGUCUCUGAUCAUCCUCAGAAUUCGACGGAUGGUUUUUAUGGUUUUGGUGGGAAUAUCAUGGCUAGAGUCAGAAAUAAGAGCAAGGGUCAGAAGUGGUACUAUGGCCCAUCACACUACGGUAUUCCAGGUGAAGGAGAAGACAUGAUAUGGUUAAGCCACUGGAAGUUUCAGAAUGAUCAGUUAGAAGGCGGCGAUCGAGUGGUUGUUUCAGUUGUUACGCAACCUUGUUUUCGAGUAAAGGAGUUAGGCAUCCAGAUUGUGCAGGAACAAGAGGAGAAUCAUAAUCCUAUGAUGAGUACCCAACACAAAACCAUUCCACUUCUUGCAAAUUAUUCUACUCAUGAUGAGAACUUAGCAGACGAAUUGUUCAAUGAUGAGGACUCUGAUGAAGAUACAACAGACAAAGAAGAAGAGCAGGAUGACCACGCUAUUGCAGCUACCACAGGCAGCAAUAAAUCCGGCGGCCUCCGUGGCUGGAAGGUGCUCAUCACCGCAGCUUGCUUCUUUCUCACUCUUUCUCUAGUCACUCGCUCUUCUCUCUCUCGAAGAAAGAAGCGACAGUCCACAAGCCGUGGCUGAAUUUUUUGUACAUCUCAACUCAACAGCUGGUUAAUUGCCUGACAGAGUGGCUUUCUCCCUUCAUAUAAAUUAGCAUCAAACUUUUGUCUUUGCAUAUAUAAUUAUAUAUAUCCAAUGUCUUCCUAAGACCAAUUCGUUUCAUAGCAUCAAAUGCAUCUUCUACUGAUCUAAUCAAUUACAAAAUUUAA